AUGUGGCUUUUUGCAGAAACUCGAAAAGAUAUUAAAGCAAAACUUAUGGCAAUUAAAAAAGAUAUUCAAGAAUUAGAAUCUUCUAUGAUUAUUAAAGCAAAACAAAGGCAUGAAAAAUUUGGUGGACAUUCGAAUUCGCCCGAUGAAACAACGGUUCAUCCACCACUUCAUGGAGAGAGUAUAACUGAUAAUGUGCCAAACAUAUCGAAAAUUGCAUCGAAUGAACAAUUGGAACAUUUACAGCAACAAAAAGCAUCAACAUACUUCAAAAUGUCAUACAAAGUUGACAAGGGUCUUCGUACUUUACCUUUUGCGGCAAAUUUACCUGCUGUUAAUAACCCACAAUUCGUUGCAAGAUACACAUCUAUUUCAUCGUUAGCACAAGGUGAUUGGCCUACACCACCUAGAAAAGAACCAUGUAGAUAUAUUAGCAAUGUCAAAGGUGCGUAUCUCAAACUGAGAUUAGGCCAUCCAGAAGAAUUAAGUGCUCGUAAAACUGAACUCCCAGAAUAUGAAGCCUUCCGACCUACAUUUGGAUCACCUUUGUGUUCGCAAAGAAUGGUCGAAGUUGGACCACAAAAUAGAGUAACCGUCAUAUCUCCACGAUUUUUAAAGGGUGCUAAUACAAAUAAUCGUCAUGAAAAAAGACCAUCGACUACACGUAGAAUUAUCCAAGCUGCAUUUAAUAGGUUCAAGGCGGCACACUCAUCUGAAGUUUCUGAACAAGCAAUCCCUGCUUUUACAUCAUCUAGAAAUCGGCAAUGUGAUCAUGGAGAAAAGUUUGAUAACCCGAUCUUCACGUUCAAGCGAUGGCGUUCACAGAACGAUUUUAGAGAUAUUUGGAGUGUAUCUUAUGUUGAAGGAAAUACCACAGUUUCUGAG